UGAUUGAAAGUAAUCUAACAGUACUAGUUAGUUUCAGGACUUCAUGUUUAGGGCUUAGGGUUUUUCAAUCGGCAGAGACAAAUACUCAAAAUCUAAAAGAAUGGGAGAGAAGAAAAAAAGUGCUACGAUUUUAAUAAGGCUAGUUUCAGCAGCAGGAACUGGUUUCUUUUAUGUUAAGAAGAAGAACCCGAGGAAGAUACCGACUAAGCUUGAAUUCCGAAAGUAUGAUCCUCGCGUUAAUCGGCAUGUCCUCUUUACUGAAGCCAAGAUGAAAUGAUUAAGCAACAAAGAGUACUCUAUGAUGGUAACCUUCAGAUAUUGCCUCUAUUUUAUGCUACUAAUAAAAAAUAACAGGAUCCAUGCUUUGUAUGUUUCUUUAUAGUUUUUGUAUGACCAGUACUACUUCAGUAUAUUGGUAGUUCUGUUCUUUAAAUUUGUUGCUGAUAGUUUGUGUUUUCUGGGAAUUUAGAUGAUAUGAUGAAGGCUUAUCUGCUGAUUUUGUUUUUUA